GCACAAUAAAAACACUUAAAUAGGGCUUGUUGUUAGUUAGUUGAAAGAAUUGCAGUUCUGAAAAGUAUUAAGUGGAAUGAGUGCCCAGAUGAGAUUUUGAUGCGUUUUGAUCCUGAUUGGGCCUAAGAUGACCCAGAGGAUAACAGUAUGACCUGUUUUCUGCUCUUGUUUUCAGUGGGGAUCCUCAGUCUACCUGUGUUACAAGAAGUCUGUGGCCAAAACCAACACAAUAGCGUACAAAGCAGGUUUAUUCAGCAGAUAUCCAGAGGAGGACUAUGAGUCAUUCCCUUUGCCAGAGUCUGUUCCUCUCUUCUGCCUUCCCAUGGGGGCCACAAUUGAGUGCUGGCCAGCUAACACCAAAUACUCCCUCCCUGUUUUUUCCACCUUUGUGCUCACCGGAGCCUCUGGAGAAAAGGUUUACGGUGCUGCCAUUCAGUUCUAUGAGCCCUACCCACAGGAGUGCCUGACCGAUCAGCAGCUCUCCCAGCUGGGUCUCCUAAUCCCCGACCCACACAAACCCUCUCCCUCCAGCUGUAUGGCCGCUGGCACCAGCAGCACCGCAAACGGCAGCCCGCGUUCAGUCUACACCAACAAGUGUAUCUGCCUGCUCUCUCACUGGCCCUUCUUCGACGCUUUCCGCAAGUUCCUCACAUUCCUCUAUCGCUACUCCAUCUCAGGCCCUCAUGCCCUGCCCAUUGAGAAGCACAUCUCCCACUUCAUGCACAAAGUUCCCUUCCCUUCCUCUCAGAGGCCUCGCAUCCUUGUGCAGCUUUCCCCUCAUGACAGCCUGAUGCUGAGCCAGCCGGUCUCUUCUCCAUUACCGCUCAGUGGUGGUCGAUUUUCCACACUGCUCCACAACCUUGGGCCAGAGAACGCUGUCACCUUGCUGGUGUUUGCUGUCACUGAACAUAAGAUCCUGAUCCAUUCACUACGACCGGCCGUACUGACCAGUGUUACUGAGGCUCUCGUGUCUAUGAUUUUUCCGUUCCACUGGCCCUGCCCGUAUAUUCCUCUGUGCCCUCUGGCGUUGGCUGAUGUGUUGAGUGCCCCCUGUCCGUUCAUUGUAGGCGUGGACUCUCGCUACUUUGAUCUUUAUGAUCCCCCUCCGGAUGUCAGUUGCGUGGACCUGGACACAAACACCAUCUUCCACCAUGAAGAUAAGCGAGCCCUCACAUGGAAGAUUCUGCCAAAGAAAGCUUGUAAAAACCUAAUGAAUGUGCUGAAUAAUCUCUACCAGCAGCUUGUUGAUGGUCAGUACCGACCAGAUGGGCUGCUGGAGCUGAGCAUGAGCGAUUCGUCAGAGUUGAGCUGUGGGAAGAGUCUCCACACACUGGAGCUAGAGAUCCAGGAAGCUUUUCUGCGCUUCAUGGCAGCAAUUCUGAAAGGCUACCGCUCCUUCUUGCGCCCCAUCACUCAAGCGCCUUCAGAGAAAGCCACAGACGCUAGCUCACUCUUUGACUUGCAAGGGUUCUUGAAGAGCCGUGACCGCUCACACCAGAAGUUCUACUCCCUAAUGACGAAGACCCAGAUGUUCAUCCGCUUUAUCGAAGAGUGCUCCUUUGUCAGCGACAAAGACGCCAGCCUGGCCUUCUUUGACGACUGUGUGGAUAAACUUUACAAUUCAGAGCGGGGUGCAGAUAAAGGAGGCAAGGUGGACAGCGACAGGCCGGAGGAGACCCGGCUUAUAGAGAUUGAUGAAUCCCAGCGUAGUGAGCACACAGUCUUCAUCACGCCUCCAGAGCUGCCUCCUCUGCCCGAGGGAGAGGAGCAUCCACUAUGCUACAGGUAUGAUGGUUUCCCAGUGUUGAGUUUAGAUCUAUUUGACCCCGUGGAGGGUCUGCAGACGCCCUCCUCCCGCCUCGCUGCCAGGCACAGCUGUCCCACCAGCCCUGCCCCCAUGUUUAGACGCACCAAGCAGGUCUGCUACCGGGUUCUGAUGCAGCUGUGUGGACAGUAUGGGCAGCCUGUCCUGGCAGUGAGGGUCCUCUUUGAGAUGAAGAAGGCUGGAGUCCACCCCAACGCCAUAACGUAUGGUUACUAUAACAAG